UCUUUUGUGCGAGAAGCGAUGGCGACAACAAAGAAACCUCCAUUCCAGCAGACGGCGGCGUGGGGCGCGUUCACGGCCUUUUCAACCCCCACGCGUCAGGCGCCAGCGCCGUUCACUACCGCGAGACCCGGAGUCUUGGGUCUGUGAUUGGUGGCGGCUGCGGGGCUGCCGAUGUAGCUGUGGGGAGGCUACAUAGAAACACACCGCCAGCCAGACGUCGGGCAUAAACGGGUUUAGUCAGAACCCCAAGAAUCCAGCAGAGGGAGAUCGGGUCAUUUUCACGGGAAGGAAGGGCGCAGUGUCGGUGCGCUGGUGGUGCUUGGGCUGCUUCUUCGGGUGACAUAGCGAUUGCCGGGACGCGGCGGAAAGCAGGUCCGGGUGGCCGACACGCUCCUCCUCCUCGCACCACCGUGGUCGCGGUCCGAUCGCCUCGCCUUUCGACUCAUCCCAACAAAGACCGCACAUUUUUUGUUCGUGCCGAUGGAGCACACACAGGGAUCUCGUGGGAGUCGGCUCGGAAGUAGCAGCAGUGUCUGAUCGCAUUUCAGCAGAGCAGCGCCCGUCUUCAAGCAAUCCCCAGCGUACGUUAUGGACUUUGGCAAACUGGCAGUCCUGUGGGUUCUGUGCCUCUGCCUCUUGGGAGAAGGGCGGGCAGACGUGCAACUCCAAGGCCUGGCGGAACAGAGCCACGCGGACAGCGCACAGCCUGAGCUGUGUCGCAUUGAUGAGGCGCUCUGCCAGAAUGAGAAUGCACACCUCAGUUUUGAGGCCAUCCGCAGCAUCCACAAGCAGAUGGAUGACGAUGCCAAUGGCAACGUGGAUGUGGCUGAGACCGACGGGUUCCUGAGGGAGGACCUGAACUACCAUGAUCCAAAGGCCAAGCACAACAGCUUCCACGGAGCAGACCUCUUGAUCAGCUUGGAGGACAUGUGGAAUGCUUGGAAGGCAUCACCAGUGUACAACUGGACUACAGAUGAGGUGGUGGAGUGGCUCAUCAACUGCGUGGAGCUCCUACAGUAUGAGGAGGCCUUCAGGAAGAACAACUUCAACGGCAGCGACAUGCCUCGGUUGGCUGUGAAGAAUGUCACUCUUACACUAUCCUUGCUGAAGAUCCUUGACCGCAGUCAUGCCCAGAAGCUGCAGCUGAAAGCCCUGGAAACUAUUCUGUUUGGACCCCCACUGAUGAGCAAACACAGUCACCUGAAGGACUUCAUGCUAGUGGUGUCUAUUGUUAUUGGUGUUGGCGGAUGCUGGUUUGCCUACAUCCAGAAUCGCUACUCCAGGGACCACAUGAGCAAGAUGAUGAAGGAUCUGGAAAGCCUCCAGCGGGCUGAGCAGAGCCUGCAUGACCUGCAGCAGAAGUUGCAGAGAGCGCAGGAAGAGCACCGCACGGUAGAGGUAGAGAAGGUCCACCUGGAGCAGAAGUUGCGUGAUGAGAUCAACACAGCCAAGCAGGAGGCACAGCGACUAAGGGAGCUCCGCGAGGGCACUGAGAAUGAGCUGAGCCGGCAGAAAUACGCUGAGGAGGAGCUGGAGCAGGUGCGUAUGGCGCUGAAGAAGGCUGAAAAAGAGCUGGAAUCUCGGGGCAGCUGGACUCCACCCGAGGCACUACAGAAGUGGCUUCAGCUAACUCAUGAAGUUGAAGUCCAAUACUACAAUAUCAAGAAGCAGAAUGCUGAGCGCCAGCUGAUGGUGGCCAAGGAAGGGGCUGAAAAGAUAAAGAAGAAGCGGAACACACUCUUUGGGACCUUCCAUGUUGCACACAGUUCCUCACUGGAUGAUGUGGACCACAAGAUCCUGACUGCCAAACAAGCCCUGGGUGAGGUGACAGCAGCCUUACGGGAGAAGCUGCACCGUUGGCAGCAGAUUGAGCUCCUCACAGGCUUCUCCAUUGUCAAUAACCCGGGUCUGUCCUCUCUGGCUUCUGCUCUCAACCUGGACCCUGCCUUCGUCGGUGGCCGUGGCCCACCACAGCAUCUCAUAAUCACCGACGACAUGGAUGAUAUGGAUGAGGAUAUCCUGUCACCUGGGACACUGCAAUACGCCGCCUGGCAGAUGGAACGUCGAGUGAGCGACCUGUGGCCAGUGGGCUCCGACUUCUACUCCUUGUGGAAGCAAUCUGCUACCAGUUUGAUGCCACUGCGGCAGCGCCACUUCGAUGCUCAGCUAGCUGCAGGCUCACAGAGAGAGCUGAACCGAUCUGACUCAGACUCCUCUCUGUGCUUGACUAAGGCUGCUGAACAACAACAACGCUUGACAUCCUCAUACGGUUCCAAAGGCCACCUCUUCAAGCCUGCUUCCUUUCUGCAUAGCCACCCCCCCUCACAUGGCCAUACCCCCAAUGGAGGGAACCGCCGCCAGGAAGGAGGAGACUGGCCAGAGGGUGGACCUGACAGCCCUCUGAUGAUGAAGAUGAUGUAUGGUGGCAUGGAAAAGUCUGCCAGCCUUGGGGAGAUCAGCAGUGGCACUGCAGCCCUUGUGCUGUCCGAGUCCUCACGAUCACUCAGCCCUACCUCCACAGAGCCAGACACGCCUUCACCCUCAGGGGCACAGCUGGUACCAGGUGGCAAGGCCAGCAGCCGCAUCCCCCAGCUUUCCUCCAAGAAGAGCCCCUUGGAGGAGGACAGCGGUUCUACAGGCGAAGACACGGACUCCAACACCAGACCCAAGAAACACACCUUCAAGCUUUUCAAGAAGCAGAAGAAGUGAACUGGGCACUGCAGCUGCCCCAGCACAGGGUUUCUCAAGGGGCCACAUAUCUAGCCUUGUUUUUCCUUCUGGUUUUUAUUCUUUUGUUUUCAUAGGUCAAUUCACCAGUUUAAAAAAAAAAAAAAAACAUGGCAUGGGCAUUUCUUGAGUAAUUUCCCUUUUCUUCCUCUGUGGACCAACGGGCGUAUUUGGCCAUUUCACAGUGAAUAUAUUUGUUUUUAAUUUCUUUUUCUUGUAUUCUUUGUUUUGCCAUUGUUAGAGUGGCUUGGUCUUAGAAAAAUCUCUGCUCUUUAUUCGUCAGGAAGUGGUGUCACUUUUAAAUGGAAUGGCUGUUUUUAGAUUGUUGUUAGUUGCAUGUGUCUUCUGUUUUGACUGAGGCGAUUAUCUUCUGGGUUCACUUGCUUUCUUUUAUUUUUAACCCCUUGGUUAAUGGAGCUGUUUUUUCUUCAUUUGUGUAUUGCCUCUUUUUAUACCCCAUUUAUUUAUAAAACAAGGAAUGCACAGUACAACCUGAAAAAUGCAGAUCGCUACCACCAGUGUUAGUACUCACGUUGUUGUACAGAGAUGACGUGAACAAUGUUUAUGAAAAUAUGCUUAAGCAGUGCACCAUUCACAGAUGUGGGAACACAGCCAAAGACACUCAUUCCAUUGGAUCAAUCUUGGAUCUACCAUUACCUACAGCCUAGAGCGACUAGGUCUAUAUGGCCAUUCCACUGGUGAACGAGAGGCCUCAAUCAUUCCUCUCUGCUUUAUCUCAUCUAUGCAUGACUGGCAAAACUCUGACAAUGACUGUAAAAAAAGAUCAGUGAGAACCCUGUUGAGCUUCCUCUUGAAGUUCAUUUAUGUAUGUUAGCUGAACAUCGGUGAGGAAUUAAUACAUUUUGUAAUGUAUUUGUUCUGCAAGUUAUCACGUCAUUGAUACUUUGUAUGUAUAUCUAACUUUGUGUUUACUUAUUAAGCAUGUUCUUCAUUAUAUGCAUAAGACAAAGAAAAGCCAAAAUAAUAUAUGCAUCCUAGAAGAUGGUUCUUACUUUUGUUUCCGUCACCAUAGUAAUCUUGGUGGAGCUGGGUCUUUGUGUCAUCAGUCAUUAAGUACUGAGGAUCUUUGUGAGGCUUUCAAGACACAUCCAGUUGGUUAUGAGUGGUUAAUCUGCAGAAUUGGAAAUGUCUAAAUAUUGAGAGAUCUUUCAAAAAUGAAGUUUAAUUACAAAUUGAGAUGUUAAAAACCCAUGAACAGGAGGUGCCUCCAAAUGCAGGCAGUCGACAAUUCAGAUGCUGUUAUUCGCGUACAAACUUCUGACUGAUUCUCAUUAGUGAAGUAUAAGUAGAAGGAGCUCCUACUUGUCCCUUUAUUUCCUCUUGAGUUUCACCAGUUGUGAGCGAUAUGUUCUUACACAUGUUUGAUCAUGGUGCCUUCUUCACCCUUAUUAAGACUUAAGUGAAAGUCUGGAGCUGCCGUUUUGCCUGUUUUUCUUCUGCAGUGCCUCUAUUACAGUAGGUUGUUGGAAUAGGGUAGUUAGUAUAUGGUGACGUGGUACAUUUGUAUUUCCACUACUUGUCUCAACACAAUGUCCCACCUGUCGCUUAGGAAACUUUGAAACGCUGGGUGGAGGGGGAUGUGGGGCUUUUGUGGGACAGAGCAGUCGAAGCACAUGUUCAAAAUCAGGAUUUGGACAUUCUGGGUCCACCCUGCACAUUCAGCUCUGUUCCAGAUCUACUUGAAACAGACUUUGUUGAAGGGAGCAACCACUGUUCCAGUGGCUAAAGAUCUGGACUUUGGUCUCUUUGAGUUGCUGGUGCAAAUCCCAAAGGGGAACCACAGUUGAACCAUUGACAAAGAUACCAAAAUUGUUUGUCAGGAAAUCCCCCAGAUGUGAAAAAUGGCUGAAUGCAUUCAAUUGUAUGAUAUGCAGCUUGCUGUGCACCAAGACAAAUGCUAAGCCAAUAUUUAUGCGAAAAAUCUGAUGGGAUCAAAUGACAUGGUGGCAUUCACCAGAAUCUCUCAUCUGGAUGUUUUGAUUUGCUGGGGGGUACUGUUCUGAAAGGUAAAUAUUUUUAAUGGAAUCAUUCUUUAAAAAAAUUCCAAAUUUGUAAAUAUUGUUUGUACUACCUUUUUGCACGAAGAAGCUUUAAAAGGAUGGUCCAUCAGACAGCAUCCACCUGUCAGCUGGUGGUCUCCUCUAGCUGAGAUGCUCUUUAUCUCAAAGCAUGCUGUUUGCAUCAGGAGAAGGGGUGGACCACAAGAGUGCCCUUUACUCUUUUUGUUCCACCCUAAAAAUGCCUUUAUUUUUAUGUCUAUUUCCUCUUUCUGCUAUUUAUAAAAGCACUGUAUCUGUGUUUUAAAAUGCAUCACCUUUGAUGUCUUGGAAUAUUAAGUCUCCAGCAUUUUAUGAUGUUGAGUUGUGCAUGAAAGCAAUAAACUAUUUUGAA